GUAUAUUGGAGCACCCAAUUAUAUUUCAAGUCAUUCAAUAAAAACAUGUACUCUGGUAAUGUACUUGUAUGAAUCACUGUUUGUAUACAUGUAGGUUCAAGCUCUCACGCUCAUGGACAUUUGGUGUCCAACAUCAGCCUCUGCACAUCACCUAGUAGAAGCUUUGUGUUCCAUGCCAAACCUGACUAAACUAACACUAUGGGGAAAGGAGUUCAAGGAGUCGUUUUAUUCUGCACUGAAUGCAAAGGCGUCAACCGUACAGGUCCAAACUGUCGUGCUUGCAGCUGUUAGGUGUCCAACAUCAACGUCUUCACAUCACCUACUAGAUGCUCUGAGUUCCAUGCCAAACCUGACUGACCUGAUACUAAACGGAGAGAAACUCCAUGAGGAGUUCUAUUCUACACUGAAUGCAAAGGCGUCAACCUUACAGGUCAAAACUGUCGUGCUUGUUGAUGUUAAGUGCCCAACAUCAGCCUCAUUACAUCACCUAGUAGAUGCUUUGAGUUCCAUGCCAAACCUGACUGACCUGAUAGUACAAGGAGAGACAUUUCGUGAAGAGUUCUAUUCUUUAUUGAAUGCAAAGGCGUCAACCUUACAGGCGAAGGGAAGGACAUUGAGAAUACAUCACAGGUCAGAUUAUCUAAAGCCCAAGGAUAGUGAGGAGUUGGAUGAUGCAACUAAAAAGCUGAGAGAAGAGGGAUGCGCUCCCAAGACACCUCCAAUAUCCGUCAAGGAGGAUGAAGAGGAAUUGGUUCUACCAGUGAAAGGAAAUGAAAUUCCAGCAAAAAAGAAGAAGAAAUGAAAGAAAGAAGAGAAUGAGAGAAAAAGGAAGAGUGCACAUGACAGCGUCGACAGCGUGUCGAACCCUGUUGUGAAAACCAAAAAGAAAGAAGAUGAGAACUAUAGAAGAAAGAAAGAACAUACAAAGCAGGAAGAUGAUAGGAGGAUGGUGGAUGGGUCUGGACGAAAAGGACGAGAGGAGAGCAGGAGGAGAUACGAUGAUGGUGAAACUACAAGUUCAUACCAUUCUACUAGAUACGAGGAUGAUGAAACCAAAGUUAAGAGAAGAGAAGAUGAACAGAUGGAUUGGAACUAUCGUUGGGAUAGAGAGGACAAACCAAGGAUGGAUAAAAGAGAAAGAGAAAGAGAAAGGAGGGAUAGUGAAGGAAGGGGAGGUAGAGAGGAGCGGAGGAAUGAUAGAAGUGGAGAGAGAGAAGACAAAAGAGAUGGGAGGGAUAGAGAUAGAGAG